AUGGCGUACAGGGCGGAGGACGACUACGACUACCUCUUCAAGGUCGUUCUCAUCGGCGACUCCGGCGUCGGCAAAUCCAACCUGCUCUCCAGGUUCACACGCAACGAGUUCAGCCUCGAGUCCAAGUCCACCAUCGGGGUCGAGUUUGCCACCAGGAGCAUCAGGGUCGACGACAAGGUCGUCAAGGCCCAGAUCUGGGACACCGCAGGCCAGGAGAGGUAUCGAGCAAUUACAAGUGCGUACUAUAGAGGGGCUGUUGGCGCACUUGUCGUGUACGAUGUGACACGCCAUGUGACCUUUGAGAAUGUGGAGAGGUGGUUAAAGGAGCUUCGGGAUCACACUGAUGCAAACAUUGUCAUCAUGCUUGUUGGCAACAAAGCUGAUCUGCGACACCUUAGAGCCGUAUCCGUGGAGGAUGCCAAGGGCUUCGCCGAGAGGGAAAGCACCUUCUUCAUGGAAACAUCCGCACUUGAGUCCAUGAACGUCGAGAGUGCUUUCACCGAGGUCCUAACUCAGAUCUAUCGUGUGGUCAGCAAGAAGGCCCUUGACAUUGGCGAUGACCCUGCUGCUCCACCAAGAGGGCAAACCAUCAACGUUGGUGGCAAGGAUGAUGUCUCUGCUGUGAAGAAGUCAGGGUGCUGUUCAUCCUAA